AAUGUCAUUCACAUAUCAUUAUGUUGUGUCUCUUGAUGUAUUUCAGAACAAAACUGCAACUGCUUACUUUGAAGCAUCUAAAGCUCGUAUUGCUGAGUAUGAGAAGGCGCUUGAGAUGUUCAGGAACAUGAUUCCUUUCGACCAGAUGACCAUAGAAGAUCUCAACAACACCUUCCCAGAGACCAAGCUGGACAAGGCAAAGCAUCCAUACUGGCCACACAAGCCUAUCGCCGACCUGUAAUUUAUUAGCAGCACCCAGAGCUUCAGUCAUGUAUCUUUCAGCCUGAGGUUGCUCUGUAUAAUCUGGUAAAGUAAUGCUUCUGCUGUAGAAGUGAUUCCAAUUGUGAAAUCACCGUGACUCAUUACUGUUUUAUUUG